AUGAGCAGCGGGGCCCCCCUGUCCUCCUCUCCCUUUCCCCCUGUCCUCCUCUCCCUUUCCCCCUGUCCUCCUCUCCCUUUCCCCUUGUCCUCCUCUCCCUUUCCCCCUGUCCUCCUCUCCCUUUCCCCCUGUCCUCCUCUCCCUUUCCCCCUAUCCUCCUCUCCCUUUCCCCCUGUCCUCCUCUCUAUUUCACCCUGUCCUUCUCUCCCUUUCCCCCUAUCCUCCUCUCCCUUUCCCCCUGUCCUCCUCUCCCUUUCCCCCUGUCCUCCUCUCCCUUUCCCUCUGUCCUCCUCUCCAUUUCUCCCUGUCCGCCUCUCCCUUUCCCCCUGUCGUUCUCUCCCUUUCCCCCUGUCCUCUCUCCCUCCCACCCUUCCUCCCCCUCUCUCACAUCCCUUCCUUUCCUACUGUCCUCUCCCACCAUUCACGCUUCUCUCACCCAUCCCUUUCCCCCCUCCCCUGUCCCUCGCUUUCCCCCACUACCGUCCCUUCCCUUUCCACUACGUUCUCUCGUCCAGCCCAGCCGACAGUCACUCUGCGGAUAGUUUAUGCCUCAUCACGCGCGCAUCUCCCCGCUGA